AUGGACUUUCGAAUCCCCAUGUUCCAAGAGGCCGCUACAUGGCUGGAGAAGAACUGGGGGUUUCAGACCUUGACAUGCCAUCAGCCCUCGAGGAAGCGUAUUUCCAUGGUGGAUUUCCUUAACGGCGCAUUGGUUAUAUGCUAUCCUUUACCUACUGCCAAGCACCACCUUGUCGUCCGCAAGCGUCACGCCGUCCAUCUCCGGCGCUAG